AUGGGAGGCGGCAAGAAACGGAAGCGCGCCAGCAAGCCGCCAUGCCUCCCGCCGGCGACGACCACGCUUGAAUCCCUCAACGACGACGUUCUCGAGGAGAUCCUCUUGCGCCUCCCGUCCGUCGCCUCGCUCGUCCCCGCCGCCUGCGCCUGCUCGCGCUGGCGAUCGCUCGCCUCCUCGUCGGCUUUCCUCCGCCGGUUCCGGGCGAGGCACCCUUCGCUCCUCGGCCACUUCGCCACCGACGCCGACGACGAGUCGGCGAUCCCGACCUUCAACCCUGCCCGUGACCAGUUUGACGGCUGCUCCGACGCCGCCGUACGAGGCGGCGAUUUCUUCCUGACCCACGUCGACGCGGACGCCGGGUGGCGCAUCCAGGACUGCCGCCACGGCCGCGUCCUCUUCGCCAACGACAGCGACGACCUCCUCGUCUACGACCCCCUCUCGCGCCGCGGCGUCUCCAUCCGCCGACCAAUGGGGGACCCCGCUUGCCACUUCACCCACUGCCUUCUCGCCGGCGACGACGGCGGUGAUGGCAGCAGCCCAGAUUCCUUCCGCCUGGUGUCCAUCGAGCACUACGGCGAACGGGCGGCGCGCGCGGCGGUGUACAGCUCGCGCACCGGCGCGUGGAAGCGCGGCCGGUGGGACUCCCGCGUCAUCAACCCAAAGCGCCCCGGCGAUUACUCCUACUUCCCGGCGAUGCAGGCGGAAGGGCGCAUCUACUGGAAGAACCGCGACACGGCGAAGAUACAGGUGUUCGACGCGGGCGCCAUGCGGUUCUCGUACGUCCACCACCCGGAAGGUGUGGGCCCGCGGUCCAAGUACGCCGUCGGCGAGGCCGAGGACGGCGGAUGCUGCCUCGUCUGCCUCGCGGAGGCGCCCCACGGCUCGGUGUUCAAGGUGUGGCGCCUCCGGGUCGGGACUGGGGAGGCGGCCGGGUCGUGGACGUGGGAGCUCGAGCGGCGGCUGCUGGCAAGCCCGGUGAUAGGGACGGUGCAGUACCCCCCGCUCCGCCACGUGUGCGCGGUUGUCGCCGGCGUGGUGCUGGUCUGCUUCCAGAACUACACGGGGCCUCGCCGGCACGUCGCGUUCCGGCUCAGCGACAUGCAGGUCGAGGCGACGUUCAAGAGCGGCGGAUGGGCUUACCCUUUCUUCAUGCCAUGGCGUGGCGUCGCUCACCUGUCUCGCCGUCCCCCAGUUUAG